AAAUACUACACUUGGCACAAUGCAGCCAGCCAAGCAACCGCGAAACCCAGGCAAAGUGCUUUACACCACUGCAUCCAAUGCUUUGCAUUGCACUUGGUGUGAUGAAAGAUGCUUAGAUGCAGCUGCUCAGCCAUGGAAACCCAUUCCAUGAAGCUCUCUAUAUGCACUGUUCUGCUACUAUGAAGGCCACAUGAAGUUUGGAGGUAUUUGGCUAUUGACUCUGCAGACAGUUGGUGACGUCUGAGCACUGUGGGUUUAAGCAUGCGCUGACCCUGCUCUGUCAUUUUAUGUGGCCUACCACUUUGUGGCUGAGUUGCAGUUGUUCCCAGUUGCUUCCACUUUGUUAUAAUACCAACACUAAUAAUAUAACAGUUGACCGUGGAAUAUUUAGCAGCAAGGAAAUUUCACAGAUGGACUUAUUUCACAGAUGGCAACCUAUCAAGGUACCACGCUUGAAUUCACUGAGCUCCUUAGAGCAACCCAUUCUUUCACAAAAUGUUUGUAGAAGCAGUCUGCAUGCCCAGGUGCUUGAU